CUAAACCAACUACCUACCUAAAAAAGCUAAAACACUCACAGGAUGCGGCUCCUUGGGCAGUCCGUUGGCCAUCUAUUUGUAUCACUGUACAUGAAUUGGAUUAUCUCUUUCAUGAAGAAAGCUACAUCUAGAUCCUCCCUCAGAAUCCGGUGCACUACUGCUGAAAUGGUUAUUCACCUAAAAAGUGCUAAUAUACUUGUACUGUCUCUGAAAUUUAUCUUACUGAUCUUUUUCCCAUUUACUUUGUUCCUCUUUAACUUAGUAUAUUUAUUUUAUCUAUUACACAUAUACUUUUAUACUUUUCCCUUUUGUCUCAUAAGAGGGGUUUUUCUUACUUAUAUACUAUUAUAACUGACUAGAGGCAAUACAGCAAAUGAAAAAUGCUAUGUGCUCAUUUGGUCAAAAAAAAA